CACAACACAACACAAACGUUUGAGAUAUCGAGGGGGACGGUUGUUGUGCGCAGUAUCGGUCGAGUACGCGAGAGUUCUGUGAGAAAAUGUAACAGCAUUUGUCGGUGUCGCGUGAAAGACAUUCAUUAGCCGACUUGUCGCGGUUGCGGAAAUAAACACCACCGAACCAAAACCAGAUAAUGAUUUAAGCUAUUUUCGUUUAUCACGAUUUCUGAACAUUGUGCUUCUGUAGCCAAGUUAAGUGAUAACCAAAGUGCUGUGACAAUAACUGAAUGUGCCAUUCCAGUGCUCAUCGUUUCUAUCUGUUUUCAUACAGCCAGAUAUCUGUCAUUUGUAUGCUUCUUUAUAAACGCGCAUAACCUGAACAGAAUGAAUGAGUCAUUCCCAUCGGAAUAAAAAAUCUCCACAUUUGCAGCAAGUCAAUUGGUAAGCAGCAGACCAGCAACUCAGUAGGGGUGAAUUGUGAUUCACCUUCAUAACUUAUGUCCAAGCUAAGUUCCCGCGAUAUUGUGUUUGUGAGAAAGCAUUAUCUGAAAUUGUGAGAAAAAUACCUCAGAUAAGAAGGCUCCACUUGAAUUCAAUCAUCAAACGUGUGCUAGUAGCCUAAAUGAGUGUCUCAGGUGCAGUGCCGACCGAAGUUACGCCAUUGAACAGAAACGGUAGUCAAAAUCAAACAGUGACAGUUAGUGCUAAUUAUAAUAGCCAGCAACAACAUCAUCAACAGGAAGUGACUGUUCAUUCUGUUGGUGAUACGAGCACAAACAGCAGCAAUACCAGCAGUGCCGCAUCUAACCCACAUAGUGAGGCUGCAAUCAUCGGACGAGAUAAAAAACGAGCCAUGGAUGACACCAAGCGAAUAUUGAUACGGGUGGGCUUCGAUUUUAUCAUCCUGUGUUGUGUCGGCUUUCCCAUUCUUAUUUUCUACCUCGCCGGGCAGCCCUAUGAACGAGGAUUUUUCUGUGAUGACGAGUCUCUAAUGCAUCCUUUCCACGAGUCUACAGUGACGAACUGGAUGUUAUAUAUCAUCGGAAUCGCACUACCAAUCUUAGUGAUACUCGGAACUGAGCUGAUCCGAUCGCACGUGAAAAAGCAGGAUGCACAGCCGCUCAAGGUGUACAGCUUCAACAUUCCGUCUUGGGUAGUGGAAUCGUACAAGUCUAUUGGAAUUUUUGGCUUUGGGGCUGCCUGCAGCCAGCUGUUGACCGAUGUAGGGAAAUACACAAUCGGGCGGUUACGGCCUCACUUUUUCGAUGUCUGCAAUCCCGUAAUGCCAGAUGGUACAAAUUGUAAGGACCCAGUAAAUCAGGGCCGAUACAUCGAAGAUUUCAAGUGUAGUGCCGAAAAGUCUACACCUCGAAUGCUGAAAGAGAUGCGCCUAUCAUUCCCAAGCGGACAUUCCAGUUUCUCCAUGUACACCCUAGUGUAUUGCGCUAUCUAUCUGCAAUCGCGGAUGAAUUGGCGGGGCUCGAAACUAUUGAAACACUUUCUGCAAUUUUCGCUGAUCCUGUUGGCGUGGUACACCUGCCUGAGUCGGAUUUCCGACUACAAACACCACUGGUCCGACGUGUUAGCCGGUGCUGUGCUAGGAUCAACGGUCGCCAUCGUCGUGUCCAACUACUGUUCAGAUUUGUUCGACGCCCGACGGAAGCAGACGCUAGCCUUGCCACAAACUCGAUACGAACUGAGCCCCAACCACACGAUGUCCAACGGGUCGAACCAAGAGCGGUAGAACGAAGCGUGAUAUUUUCCUUCAAGUUCCUUCAAAGCUGAGGGAAACCCCCCACUAAUACUAUAUUUAUUAUAUAGUAAUAAAUUUUAUUUAUUUUUUGUAACGAGUUGAAGCAGCCAUAAGACAGUUUUUCGUACUAUUGAUCAGCAGCUUGGGGUAGCUAAACUUGAAGUUUUUGAAACUGUGCUGCAUUUAGUAAGAUAAAUCAAACCAACUAUUCUUUUUCUGCAAUACAGUACACGUACAUCAAGAGUGAGAAAAGAUUCAAUUACGAGUGUAUUGUUUGUUAUGUUGCAUGCAACACAUGCAGUGAAAUUGUAUUUUGUACUACUUAGCAAUAAACAAUCUUAAUAAGGAAAAA